GAACGACACUUUAGCUCGCGCGGGCAGGAACCCACCGACGGGCGAUACGAUGGCGGCCGCAGGUGAUGGGAGCAGGAGGAAGACGGCGUGCGUCACCGGAGGGAACGGGUACAUCGCGUCGGCGCUCGUGAAGAUGCUGCUGGAGAAGGGAUACGCCGUGAAGACGACCGUCAGAAACCCAGAUGACAUGGAGAAGAACUCCCACCUCAAGGAUCUGCAAGCGCUGGGCCCCUUGGAGGUGUUCCGCGCCGACCUGCAAGAAGAGGGCAGCUUCGACGACGCCGUGGCCGGCUGCGACUACGUCUUCCUCGUCGCCGCUCCGGUGAACCUCAAAACAGAGAACCCCGAGAAAGACAUGGUGGAGCCUGCCGUCGGAGGAACUCUGAACGUGAUGAGGUCGUGCGUGAGGGCAGGGACGGUGAAGCGCGUUGUCCUGACAUCGUCGGUGGCGUCCGUCUCCGCCCGUCCUCUGCUGCAAGGCGACGGCCAUGUCCUGGACGAGGAGUCCUGGUCCGAUGUCGACUUCCUCAGAGCCAAAGCGACCGGUCACUGGGCGUACCCUGUGUCGAAGGUGCUUCUGGAGAAGGCGGCGAGCGCGUUCGCGCAGGAGAGCGGCAUCAGCCUGGUCACCGUGUGCCCCGUCGUCGUGGUGGGCGCGGCGCCGGCGGUGAAGGUCCACACCAGCGUCCCCGACGUCCUCUCCCCGCUAUCCGGCGACGAAGCCAAGAUCCGCAUCCUGCAGCAAAUCGAGACGGUGUCCGGCUCGAUCUCGUUGGUCCACGUCGACGACCUCUGCCGCGCCGAGGUGUUCCUCGCCGAGAAGGAGGCGCCGGCGGCUGGGCGGUACAUCUGCUGCAGCCUCAGCACCACCGCCGGCGUGCUCACCAGCUUCCUGUCCGUCAAGUACCCGCAGUACAAAGACAGGACCGACCGGUUCAGUGGUUCCCCCGAGAAGCCGAGAGUGCGCAUGUCGUCGGCGAAGCUUGUCGCAGAAGGGUUCGAGUACAAGUACAAGACCCUCGACGAGAUAUACGAUGAUGAUGUCGUCGAGUACGGCAGGGCCUUGGGAAUCCUUCCGUACUGAUUGAUACGCGAACGCGACGAGGCACUCCAUCUAUCUCUACAUCUCACGAUCAAGUGAGAUGCGCUUGCAAUAAGUCUAUCCUCCGUAUCUCUCGAUAAUAAUACUAUAUAUUUUCUUUAUCAAAAAGAUAAGUCUAGCCUCCUCUUAAGUACAAGUAUGCUGGAAUGGGGA